UAGCAUUCUUGAUGAUUGUGACGAAAUAUGUAGUGAAAUGUAUGGAGACUGCCAGGAACCAGAACCCAUGUCUCAGUGGCAAAAGAGAACCAAAUCUAGUGAUGCAAACUGGGAAAAUUGGAGAGAUAACCUGUUCUCAUCUCUUCUUAACUCCUGUGUCAUUCCUGAGGAUGAAUUUAUAUGUAUGGCAUGUGGUAAUGAAACAGCUGUAGUUAAGUGCUCAGAAUGCAUUUCUCAGUAUAUGUGUCCCACCUGUGAUGAUACAGUGCACAGUGAUAAGCCAUUGCAUGAUAGGCAAGAAUGGCUUAAUGGUUUUUAUCAUUAUCUGAAACCUACAGAAAGUGUGUCAAGAGAAGGAAUAAUUAUGGUAAAAGAACGUUACUGUCCGUUGAUUUGUGACACACAGUGUAGAUCAUGUGGUGAAGGGCAGUUAAGAAAAUGUGUUGCAAAGGAUAAGAUAAUUUUAGUUACCAUGAAAGGUCGUUAUGAUUUGCACUGGUUCUCCCUUGUUUGUGAAGCUUGCAAUGUUGUCCAACCAUUGUCCCUGACAAGCAUUAUAAAUAAUGGUUAUUGGCCGGGUUCCCCAUGCCAAGUAAACUACCUCUUCGACCAAGAAGUGUUUAGAGUGUGGGAAACCUUCAAAAUGCGAAUGCCUGGAUCAUCAGAGUCUGCAUUUAUAAAAGCCUUGGAGGAUAUUUCUGCAGUGAAAGGCCGGACAGGGAUAAUUAAUGCAUCCACAUUCAGAAAGGCUGCAGCUGAAUGGAGAUACUGUCAGUAUGAAGUAGAUAAGUUGCAGGGUAUAACCUACAUUGAUUGUCCUCCAUGCUCUAUGUCACAACAUUCUGCACAUGUGGAUGGGAAUCAGAAGCUUUAUCGUUUUAAAAGUGUACCAAGAGGUAGUAGAACUUCUUACUAUGGGGAUCUCUUCAUUAAGAAUAACACAGAUGUUGAUAUUCAGAUUGCUGAAGUAUAUAGCACUGGAAAGAAAGAGGUAUUGUGCAUCAAUUAGCUAUAUUGCCAUCACCAUCACAAACAAAUUUGGGAAAAUGGCAUUGUUCACAGCGUGGGUUAUAAAAGCACUGAAAAUGGUUGUACAAUC